AUGCCCGAUCAAGUCAUCAGGACCAUCGAGAUGAGUGCCCAUGUCUUGUACGAGAAACUCUUCAGCACCAGUGUAGAAACCGUGAGACUCGCCAAUCCUUCUCCCCCUCUAUCAACCACCUACCCACGAUUCCUUCCUCGUCCCAAUCUGUCUGCACCGCCUAUCGAAGAUCUCAGAGGAAACACACCCCCUCCCAGAAAGCCAGCUGCGACAUCCCCCGCAGCUUCUCCGCCUCCUACCGUGACGCCGCACGCGAAAAUACUUACGCUCCAGGCUGAUCGGCCGGCCCGCGCGGAUCUUCCGCUCCCAAACCUGCGAAACAAAACUCGACGGCGUCCCGGCUUCUUCGUCGCCUACUAG